UCUUGAGAAUACCUGGCAACCCGAGAGUCCCUUUGAAUACGCGCGCGGGAAUGAUUAAAGCUGCAGUGGACAGAGAAUCUCGAGGAGCUUUAUCUAAAAAUAACUGAAAUAUGAUGUUCUAAACAUUAUCAAUUAUUACCGUAGUUUAUUAUGAGGUUGUUAGCGAACUAUUUGUUCCUCAUAUAACCCGCGUCUGAUUAUUUGAGUGUGUGAGAGAUUAGUAAACAAUGAAGAGCACUAAAGUGAAACCUGCUGAAGAGGAGGAGUGUGGGAUAUGGCUCGACACAAAAGAGUUAAAAGAGAAGAAACAGCAGAAACAGUUGACCCGUCCAAUAUCCAGACUGCUGAAUCCUCUCGCGAGAUCAGGAUACGGUGUGGCAGUGAACCUGAGCUUCACUCAGACCAAACUCGACAUGCCUGUCACGAGACAAAGCACCAUAUCAUCCUUCUUUUCCCCCAAAUCCAGAGACCCGAACCGGAGCGCGGCUCACGCUGGAUCGACACACACCGGAGCCAAACGCAAACACAGCAGGACUUCAGAGCCGUCUACAGACUCAACCUGUCAAUCAUCUGAGGUGGACCCGCAGCACUGGGACAGAGACUGUGAAGGAUCGUCAGCAGAGCAGCGCUUCUUCCAUUUAAUAUGCGGAGAGUCGGAGGAAGAAGAACCGCCUGAAAAAAGGAGACAUGUUUCCCAUUACACAGACCAAAAUGUGUUCGAGACACAAGAAUACUGGAAUAAAGAAGCUGUAAAUGAGUAUCCAAAUCAAACAGUUCCUGAAACGCAGGCUUUCUUUCAUAGGGCGUCCCAGAAACUUCGUCCUAAAGACAUGGAUCAGAAAUCCACAGGCUCUGUCUUAACCUCAAGACCUGUCAAUGAAAACCACAGAAGAUCGAGUGCUUAUGCAGUUUCUGAGCGCAAAACGAAGGCGUCACCUGUGAAACGGAUGGGAAAAGAGAACAGCUGGCCUGCAUCGUCCCCUAUUAAACGCCAACUAACUUCCAGUCCAGCUAAGGGCUGCAGGUUGAAGGAGAAACACACACUUUCCCCCAAAAAGCGUGCGAGCGCAGAGACGGCUGGAGAAACUCUGGCUGCCCUGUUCACGCAGGACUCGGAGGGUUUCUGUGUGAUCGCUCAUCGUGACCAGCAGCCGCUGAAAGACAAGCAUUACAGCAAUACUCUGUCUGACGCUCCUGUAGUGACGGAGGAAGAGGAGGAGGAGGAGGAGGAGGAGAUGCUUUUCACACAGGACUCAGAGGGAAACAUGGUCAUCAAGCAUUAAAAACAUGAGAAUACCACAAAAACACAGGAUUUUAAUUUUUUUUAUUAUUAUUUUGAAGCUUUUUAAGUGAUGAAAACAUGAGCAAUGACAUUACUUGAAAAUUUAAGUUACAUUAAAAGCAAAUAAAGCCAAAAAUCAUGUAAUGACUCCUGUUGGCCAGCAGAUGGCAGAAUGCGCCAUGCAAGACAUGCAGUUACAUUCACUGUCUAUAUUUUGAAUGGUGUGUCACAUUAAUAAACAUAAGCUCUAUCACUUUUA